AUGGGAGGCUUGACAGUUACCAUCCUUUGUAGUAGUAUUUAUGCUGAAGCUUCGAUUGAUAUUGUGGCGGAUAUCAAAUCUGAAAGGGUUGUACUUCUUGGAGGAAAUGGUUUCGUUGGCUCAGCUAUCUGCAAAGCAGCAAUCUCCAACAGAAUCGAGUCUGGUCAUCCCAACUUCCAAGAUUCAUGGUUGGAUCAGGUUACAUGGGUUACUGGUGAUGUUUUCUAUUUGAAUUGGAAUGAAGUACUUCUCGGUGCUACUACAUCUCUUAUCGUGUGUGCAUGGGUUCUUAAGUUUGUCUUGCUCACUGUUCACGACUACAAUCUUUCGCCAGUUGUUCUAUCCAGCGGUUAUUUCACCGAAAAACGAGUUGUGUUGAGAUCAGGUUUCAUAUACCGGAAACGAAAAGUGAAUGGAUUCGAGGUUCCGCUUGAUCUGGUAGGGGAACCACUAGACAAGAUUGGUUUAGAUGACGUCAACUGUGUUUAA